UCGAUUCGUUUCCAUGGAUACCAUAAACUUGCCAGUGGAGUGUCUUGAAGCUUCACACGCCAACAUAACCCAGCUCGGUAAAUGCACGUAUAUCGAAAAUAAUAAUAUUUCAAGUUUACAGAAAAUACUGAACUACUGAGAAUGUCCUGGAACUGGAGCAGCCACGGGUUACCGUUUUUACCUGGAUACACUUUUCGGGAUACAACGAAGUCCGCGUUCCACCGUCCCCAAACGCUGGACUACAGGAACGGCUACGCUCUGCCCCGGCGCCCCGCCGUGGGCAUCGGACGGGACCCUCUCCUGUCGGAGGAGCUGAUCCAGCAGGAGCUCCGUGAGUUGGGUGCGGAGCUCCCAGACCUCACGUACGGUUCCUCUGACAAGGACCUGACUGAAGACUUCAUCCCAGCUCACGUGGCCCUUGACAAGAAGGUGCUGCGCUUCUAUGCGUACUUUCAAGAGGACAUCUUGCAUUCCCCAGAGGAGAUGUACCGCGUUCGCCCUGUGGUCAUUUACUACUACCUGGAAGAUGACAGCAUGUGCAUCAUUGAGCCGGAGGUGGAAAACUCCGGAAUACCACAGGGGAAGCGGAUCAAACGGCAGCGUCUGCCCAAGAAUGACCUUGGAGAGUGCUACACGUGGAAAGAUCUCAACCUUGGGAUGGACUUGGAGGUGUAUGGGGUCAAGUACCACGUCACACAGUGUGACGUUUUUACAAAGGAAUUUAUGGAAAGUGAGGGCAUAGUUUUGAAUGACCCUGAGCUCAUGCCAGAGGAUCCGUACAGCAAACUCCGCAAAAAACCUCAGUCUUGCUUUACAACACCCUCCGAAUCGGACUGCAUGCACCAGUUUCUCACCAUGGACCGCAAGGUGCUCCGUUUCUUCGCCCUGUGGGAUGACAGUGACUGUCUGUACGGAGAUACCAAGCCUGUCACCAUCCAGUAUUACCUGGUGGACGACACCGUGGAGGUGAGGGAGGUCCAUGAACCCAACAGUGGCCGGGAUCCGUUCCCCAUCCUGAUGCGCAGGCAGAGGCUGGCCAAGACAUUCAAACCAGUCACUUUUCCCAGCUGUGUGCUUGAAGUCACAAAACAUGAAGUGGAUGAAUACUAUUCACCCAAAGACUUCCAGGUGGGUCAGACAAUGACGCUGCUUGGCCGCCGCUUCCUGCUGUAUGACUGCGAUAACUUCACUAAAGAGUAUUUCCAGAGAUACCACCCUGACAUAGAGAUGAAACCCAGUGAGGUACCGAAGAAGGCGGACACACAGCAGGGCCAGAGGAAGAAGGAGAUUCCUCCUCACAAUGGUUUUGGUUCACUUGAAGAUACUCUUCAGAAUUGUUUGCAUUUGAUUCCUACGCCUCCUAAAAAGAAUGUGUUAAAAAUGUUGGAGAAUGACCACAAAGUGCUGCGCUACAGUGCCAUGCUGGAUUCCCCAAAUCCUGAAGAUGAAGGCCGCCGUUUCAUACUGUCCUACUUCCUGUCAAAUGACAUGAUCAGUAUUUUUGAAAAGCCCUCUCGUAACUCGGGCAUCAUCGGUGGCAAGUUCCUGGAAAAGACACGCAUCCCAAAGCCAAACUCCACCGUGGAAAAUCCGGAGUUCUACUCACCUGCAGACUUUGCUAUUGGAGCCACUGUGGAAGUCUUCAGUCAUCGUUUUGUUCUGACUGACGCUGACCAGUAUGUGCUCAAACACCUGGAGGCCAACUCCAGCCAGAUUCCUUCUAGCACACUGGAGUCCCUGCGUCAGAAGCUGGGCCUAGAGACGGAAAGGAUCCACACAGGUGACCUGCAGGACUCUUAAUUGGUAAUGAACUAACAGAAUCAUCGUGAUGUCAGGUUUGCUUCCAAAAUGAAUCUAACAGUAAUAGAAUGAACCAAACUGUGUUUGAAUGUUUCUAAACAUAAAAUAAAAUUAACCUGCUAUAAAAAAGGAGAUAUUUUUACUAACCUCAAAGCCUCCAUUUAGGUGCAUUAUAAAAGAACAGUGGAAGUCAACUGAAGUGUAUUUGAUGCUCCAUGUAUGUGUCCUUAUUUACAGUAUGAUUAUGUAAAAAGGUACAUUAGGAAUAUAUAAACAUUAGGAGUCCACACCUCAUUUCAGAAAAUUGCAUUAUUUAAUAAAGUAAUUAACAAAAAAAAUUAAGAGACAAAAUGGAAUGGCAUGCGGUAAUAUCCAACAUACAUACUUAAUACACUUCUGUUAUGUGACCAGUGAAAAAUGUAGGACUUUAGACAGAUGUAAAUCAAGGGGAAGAGCCUGAAUCCCUUUGACGUGAUAGAGGGAUAACGUUAAGGCCAGGAUACAGUAAGCUCAUAUCAUCAGUAACACUUUUCUGCUCCAAUGGACCAGACUAAAAACAAACAAAGCCGGCUCAACAUCAGACGACACUAAAACCAAUACAGUACUUAUGAGGAUAUGCAUUAACACAU